UCAAGUAGGAACUCAGUAAAUAAGACAAUGAUGAUAAUUGAUACUUUAAUCGCAUAAAUUGAUAUUGUAUUGUAUUGUAUCAGAAAUGGCUGGAGUACCACCUCACGGUGACAUUCACCAUCAACUUUCGGUAUGCAACAAUAACAUAACAAGCAAUCGGGAUUGCAGAAUUUUAUAUACCGUGAUUACUUGAAUUUGGCUCGUAUUUUGCUUUUGUUGCAUCGAAUUGCUCUGUUCUAUGAAAUAGCUAAACCUACUAUAAAUCCAACUAUCGAUACAUUGUUUAUCACCUUAUCAUUUACACCAUUUCUUGAAAAAUGUUCGAGCGAAAAUAGCAUUCUCAGUUUCACUAUAAACCUGAAUGCAUUGUUGCAGGACAAUAUUGUUGUCAAGAUCUUUUGUCCUGAAUACUCAAGCACUGUGUUGUAAAAUUAUUCGUAGGUAAAAAUGAGCUUACAUUACAAUAAGCCUUUCGCUAAUAUCGAUAUCGCUCAGGUUUGAAAAUCGAUGCACGCAUUUACGACUUGUUGAGCUUUAAAGAAGCUCCAAGCUCUGGAAACGAUACCACGGUAUGUUAAUUCUUCAAUGUUGUGUUUCUGUUAACAACUGUGUACCAUGAACGUAAAUAUACCCACGGGACAGCACACGACAUCAAUUUGAUCCUUCUCAUGGUGUAUCACGAUUUAAAAGGAAAAGUUUCGAAAUGAUUUCCGUGCUUCGAAUCUUCAUUGACGUUUGUGCAUUGGAAUAAUCAACUUAGGACUGUCGAGGUGAAACAAUACAAUUCAUCCAAUAACGAACGUCAAAAAUUUCCUAAAAGACGUCACACGUUACACUUGUCAAGUGUAGCGUAUCGUAUAUUUUAUUCGUUUACUCUGCGGGUGAUGUACAAAUAUAUUAAAUACAUAAAAUUUAUAGUAAAUUUCAUACAGAUACGUAGAUGAUUGUCGCGGUACGAGAAUGUGAUCAUUGGCCUUAUCUCUGGUGCAGCGGCGUCAAUUUAUCGACCUGAAACUAGAAUCGCAAAUCCGCGCUGCUUUUGCCCUGCCAUGCCGGGCUGUCAGCCACCCUUGCUGCUUGCAGACUUCAACAUCUCCGAGGCGCAUGCCUGAAUGCAGCCAGCUCGAGUCAGGAUCGGCUCUAGAAAACCCCGAGCCACAAGAUUCGAUCCGAAAACGAAGCUUGCGGACGGGCUGACCAGUCACUCUAUCACCUCAAAAUGAAUCUUGACUGCAGGAUUUUCUCAAACGAAAUCAUUAGCCUAAUUCCGCGAUUGAGCUUUUGCGAAGGAAGGAACCUUCUGUCAGCUGAAACCAGCUUGUGGACAUGGCUCUGAACAGUUUGAUGCAUUCACGUUACAACCUGCAUCGUGUGUCGCUGCCACCGAAAGCAUAACGCAGCGCGACAUCGAUACGACAAUGAACCGGCACAGAACUACGCCUAGACAUGAACGUCGACCGAGAAAAUCCCUCUGAUAAGAGGAUCGAGUAGCAGUCGGAGACAAAGAGACGAAAGACAAAGGGAAGAAGAUAAGGGAAUCCGAGUGCAAGAGAGGAGAAGACGAAGAUAAAGCCGCCGUGGCGUAGAAGAACGAAGAGGGUGAACGACGGGCAAAAUUACCUGCAGAAUAAUGGGUGAAAGCUCUCCUGAUCUAAGCCUCCGCCUUCGCCGGGGUAGCUCGGAUUCCCGCGACUGUUUCUACAUGGAUUUUGCUCAGGGGAUUGACUCGGACAUCGAGGAAGUCGCCCGCCCCGCAGAUUCCUCAGAUCGGCUUCCCGACAGCCAAAUCGAAGAGAAUGGUAACGAUCUGCCACCAAUCGAGGACAUUACAACCAUUCCUGAAGAAGUUUCGGAAGAGAUAUUAGCCGAGCAGAACGACGGGGAUGAUGAAACGCCGCACGAAGGAGAUCCUGAAAAGCCGAGGGACUGGCCCGGACUUCCUGCGGCUUUGCCGUCGCCCGCGUCUCCGUCAGCAGUGAUCGUCUCCCCGGAGACCCUGUCACGUCACAGCAGUAGCUCACCUUCCCGAGUUCAUCGGCCACAACAAUUCGCCCUGGCCAUCCCCUGUCCCAGAGAACCCAUUGCUGCUGUUUGUUACCCGGGCCCGGCUUACCUAGAAGUCAGUGAUGACAAAAAUUGGAAGCACCUCGGCGCCGAUGCUUUGGCGACCACCUUGAGUGCGCUCUACGGGAAGCUACUUGUGGUUAUGGGUAUUGCCUUUCCUAUGGCGGAGGUGAUCUCCACCUACAUUCCGCCAUCUUUUUACGAAGCUUUCUACCUUUACCUAUACUUCGGCAGUAUGGUCUUCUUGCUGUACAUGUACGCCAUGUUGUUGAGGGACAAUAAACCAAAACCAAAAAAACAGCAGAAGGACGCCUGCGAUUUGGAUAGCUCACAAUCUUCAAGUGGCGCUGGAGGAGGCUGUGAUAUACAGGACACGGGAUGUCCUCACGUGGCGGUUGUUAAGCCAAGCCAACACUACGGUAGCUUUUACUUGAGGAUGGGUGCCGUGGCUUUUGGUAUAGGGUCCAUGAUUUAUUCCGGGUUAGAGUUUGGCCAGUACUUUGAACUUGAGAGAGACACUAAGUGCCACAACAUUAUGCUGGCCUUGACUCCUGCCACUAGGAUGGCGUUCAUCUUCAUCCAAAUGUACUUCAUCUUUCUCAACAACGAGCAAAUGAAGGUCUACCGACACCGCAUCGUCGCCCGAUUCGGUCUCAUGCAUAUGAUUGGCACGAAUCUUUCGGUCUGGCUUAACGUACUGGUUCAAGAGACAAAACAUGAGAUCCUUACAUUUUACGACCCGGAAAACAAUUCGCUUCGAAUAUCGCACCGACUUGGUAGCAAAGGCGGUCUUCAUCAUUCCGGCUAUAAUCAUGGACACGGCCACGGUAGACAUCACCAAGACCUUCACGCAAACGAACACACGAGAAUUCCGCGAGGACUGAAAGGUCCUCACCACAUGUUCGAGUGCAGGCGUACCAAUAUUAUGGGAUCCCUGGUGCAGGACGCUAGUCCCUUUUUAUUCCCCUGCACCAUAGAGUACAGCCUUAUUUGCGCGGCUAUUUUAUACGUCAUGUGGAAAAACAUAUCAAAAGCUGGUAUUACGCAGCCCACAACUCCUCCUGGAUCUCGACACCACGCACAGCACGCUUAUAGAAGGUCACCCCAUCACUACAGCGUGGAUUGUGCCGGAGCACACAAGGGUCUCUUCGUUGGUAUCCUGAUACUCGUAUUGACGAUCAUCUCGCUGAUCCUAUUCUUCGUUCUAAUAUCACGGCCCGAACUUGUGAGUCUUGCCGUGACGGAAGUGAACGUCUGCGAGUUGACCCUCUACGGGAUGUCGACGAUGGCCACUUUGGUCGGGAUGUUUCAAAUGCGGAAGCUGCGCUACGACGGAGGGCGAAACCUCGAAUUGGACAACAUCCUGCUGGUUGCGGCUCAAACGGGGAUGUUUAUUUACUCGACGUUCACCAUAAUCGGGGGUCACUUCACCAUCGAAAAGCACACGGUGUUGGUCCUUAUCACAGCGCUGGCGAGCGUCGUCCAGACUACGUGCCAGACCAUCUUCAUCCUUGACGCCUCGAGGCGAUCGGUCGCAACUCCGGGCCAGAUACGGCGGAAACCGGGCCGAGAAAUCGUUACUUUUCUCCUGGUAACAAACCUCGCGAUGUGGGCGAUAAACACCCUGGAAAAAUCCCGUGCCGAGUCCCAUCCUGUUCAGCUCAAUUUCUACGGUUUGUGGGCCUGGACCAUCAUCACUCACGUCUCUAUGCCGCUGGCUAUCUUUUAUCGAUUCCACAGUACCGUCUGCCUCUGCGAGGUGUGGAAAAGGGCUUACAAAGUGAAGCCGACUUACAUGUGACCUAGGGACACUCAGGGUGCUGCAAGCACGUUCGCCAAGCGCCCUAAAAAUCUCCCCAUCAAUCUCGACGCCAUUGCUGAAAACGAUGCGGCGUAUUUUAUCUAAGAGCCGAAUGCCGGAGUUCCCUGUAGUUGAGAAGGAACCCUUUAACGAGUCUAGACUUCUCUCGAAAAAUUGCACUACUUGUUUCUUUGGUUUUUACUGUUGUGUGUUAUAUCGUUCGUUUCGACGUACCCACGUGACUCACCAGUUGACAACCGAAAUGCGGCACCAAUCUACACCGUUAAAUGAUUCCUGUUUUUCACCGCGUUCGUAAGCGAAAGCACCACACGCGAGUCCUGAAUAAUGUUACGACAAAACUUUUUAAUCCAAAGACACAGAAUGUACCCGUUCGAAUAUACCAUCCAAAAAUUCUCUCGUGAACUUCCGUCUUCCAUUGUGGUACAAACUAAAAAACCUUCACAAUCUUUAAAAUAAUAAUUGAAAAAUAUUGCACAAAUGUGCCAGCCUAUUGAAAGCCAGAAAUUAUAAUCGUUCAAUACAAAUAUCGUGCUAUAUAUACAUAGGCAUAACUGAUCCAAUUUUCCCGUUCGCGUUAUGUUUAUCAUUAUCAUGUGAAAACGGCACUUGGUGUCAUUGGACAAUAAAAGGUAUUCAUCUUAAAAUCACCAACAAUUAUUCGAAUUCAGUUUCAAUCAUACUCAUGCAACUCUUGAGUAUACCUUGUCCCGGAGACGUGUACAAUGUUCUGGUAGUCUGCAGAGGUAGAUAGACUAGUUUUCGAAGCACGGGCCGAACGGAACGUAAAAUUUGUUCACGUCAACUUUUUGAAUCCACAUGUAAAAAUUGAAAUAGGCGAAGGGAAUAAAAAUUACAAGUAAAGUAACCAUAGUACAAUAGUCCGUCAUCAUUCAUAUCAUAUACAAUACACGAUGUAGUACCUACCUUGUAAUCAAAAUUCGUAUCACUGUCCGCGAAGGGGAUCAACUUGAGAUAUAAAUAAAAUGAAAUGAAUUUAAAUUUUAUGAAUGAAUAAUACUCAAAUUUUAUGCUCAAAUAAAACAUAUGUUAGAGACACAACGCUAUUAUAUAUAUAGAGAGAGAGAUUUGCCGUUAGCUACACAUGUAGGUGUCUCCUUACGCGUUCUUGCGUAAAAAAUAAUAGUAUUAUAUACCGAUAAACAAUAGUUUAAGAAUUUAAGUAAGGACAAUAGAAAUAAUAUAUCUAUACUAGCUUAGCGACGGUUGCAAUGAAUUAUGUGUAAUAGGAGUUAUCCGUUUGAUUUCAGUCACACUUUAAAGAGUCACGGUACCGCCAAACCAUCCUAAUCUAGAAACACUUGUUUCAAUUUAGCUAUUUAUUUAAACAAAAAUUCAUAGUUCCAAGUACCUACAUUUAGGAUACGAAUUUGAAGAAUAAAAUGGAAUUAAACUACUCGGAAUUGAUGGUAAUUUCAUUGGGAAAAAGUAUAGGUGUCAUAUUAAAAAAAGAAACGACUAUUUAUCAUCAUUAUUGUUAUUAAAAAUAUUAUCAUCAUCAUUUUUCCUACUGAUAUAAUAAUUGUUUGGUCCGGAUAUUUUCGUUUUUCAAAUAAGUCUUUGUUCGUGACAUAUUUUAAGUCGGGAAUUUUCGAGAAACCGUAACUUAAAAAAUUUGGAAAGUACAGAAAUCCGGAUAGAGGCUUCUGUUUAUUGAAACCGCAGAAGCAUAUCGUUUAAUGAUUUUUCAACCAAUUGACUCCAAAACGCGGCUGAUUUCGAAUGGAUUACCCUAAUAACGAACGUACGAUAAAGUUGAUACCGGUCAAUAGAUCCGUGGCAACGUUCAUACAUAUAUAAAAUGUAAAAUAUCUCAUUGAUAAUAAGCUUAAGAUUUUUGUAAAUACGGCGAGAACGGAAGAAAGGAAUAAGAAACUCUAAAUGUUUAGAAUAGUCGUGUCGACCAUGUUUCUAUAUCUACGAUAUGUUACGAUACGUUAAUAUUGUGUUGUUCUAUUAUAAUAUUUAUUGUAUUAUUAUUACACGAUCCAUACCAUAUAGCUGUAUUCUACCUCUGCGCAAUCAUAUCGCACUGUAUUUGGAAAGCCUCGCAUACCGUGUCAAUGAUUGGAAUCAAAUUGACCAUGUACACUGUUGGUAGACGUUUCUUUUUUGACUUGUCUUUAUUCUAUACUUAGAGCGUCUGUCGCAGCCUUCGGAUAGGCUUUAAAGUAUUUGAAAACACAGUUUGCUGUACUGUGUAAAAGUUAAUCCAGACAGAGCUAUAAUAUAUAGAGCAAGAAUCGUAGAUAGACGUACAAGGUGUUCGACGUAGGUGGUCCUAGGUCAUACCAUUCUUUUUUUUUUUUUUUUUUAAUCAGAAAGGCAAUUUCGCAGUUCCUCAUGAUCAGAUGAACCAUCGUUAACUGUACAUGGCAACUGAUUUCUAAAGUCACUAUCCGUAGAAUUAUUUCGAUGGUAAACUCACUUGUGGUCUCCCUAACA